AUGUGCACUACAAAAAAGAAGAGAGGAAGGAGACCAAAAACAGCUAACCCUAUGGUGAAUGAGGAGGCAGGAUCUGUGGGAAACAUUGAAACACAAACUGAGUGUCAGUUAGAAGACGAAAUCCGAGAGGAUGUAAAGAAUGAAAUGUCUGAGGAAGGAGUGAAUGAGGAGGAACCUGAAGGUGAGAUUGAAUUAUCCGGAGAGGAUGCCAAUGUGGCUGAGCCGAAACGAAAGAGACAAGGAGGACCAACAAGGAUGAGAGACAUUGCCAAGGAUCCAAAUAACAGAGUUCAAGUAGACUUCACCAUUAUGGGUGAACCUUACGGUUCUGGGUCCGUUAAGCUGUCGUCGUAUGUAGGUGCCUUAGUACGAGAACACGUUCCUAUCACAAUUGAUCGUUGGACAAAGAUCGGUCAAGAUGUGAAGACAGUUCUCUGGAAAUCUGUCCAGGCACGAUUUGAGCUGGACGAAGCUUAUCAAAAGACACUGGUACUCAAGCAGAUGGGAUGCUUGUGGAGAUCAUCGAAAUCUCGCGUCGUGAAGGAGAUCAUGGAAGCUACCAACAACCAACAAAGGAUGAAUCAGCGUCCUAAAAAUGUUACUCCGGUUGAUUGGCGAAAAUUUGUUAAAAUCAAAACUAGCCAAUCAUUUAAGGAGUUGAGUGACAGCUACAAGGAACAAAGAAGUAAACAAAUUCCUCACACAUGUAGUCGCAAAGGAAUGGUGAGACUUACUGAAGAGAUGAAAAGCGCUAGUUCAGACCCAUCUGAAGUGUCAAGACUAAAGGUGUUGGUGAAGUCGCGGACCAAAAAGGAUGGUACAGCAGUGAAUACCAAUGCCGCAGAGAAGAUUAUAAAGGCAGCGGAUAUUCUUAAUCGUGGUAAUCCGUCUACUGCUUCAAAUGAGUGUGAAGAUGCCCUUAACCAACUGUUAGGACCUGAUAAUCCAGGUCGAUUGAGGACGAUGGGCAGAAACAUGAGUAAGACUAAGCUAGCUUGUUUCCAAGUGAAGCAUAAGUGUAUGGCUGAAAUGGAAGAGAAGCAAAUUCACCUCCUGCAAAAGGUCACCGAGUUACAAGAGGAAAUUGCCAAAAUGAAGAACCAGAGACAAGAACCUGAAGUUGGCGAAAACUCAGCAGCAAAAAGUGUGAACAAGAAAACACAACCUAAGUGUAUCUUGCUUGAUUGGGCUGAUGAUGAUACCAAUGUUGCUGAGGGUCGUAUUAUUUCUUCUGAUCCGGAUGAGGCAGUGAAUGAUACUCGGUUAGGCCAUACAGAUGUGAAAGUAUUGGUUGAAAUUGCUACUGUACCAGACGCAUACCUCUGGAGACCUGCGAGUACAAUGUUUACAAUUCAAGAUGCAGUUGAACAGAUGAUUGCAUGGCCUGCUGCUAAGUGUGUUAAUAUAGAACAGGGGAUCCAACCAGAAGACAUUGCAGAACUGGGCGCAAAGAAUAAUUGUCUGAACAAAUGCAAGCUUCUGGAUUUGUCUUCCGAUGAUGUAGUCGUCGCUCAAGGACGUUGGCAGACACAAGAUUCCAAGUCAUUGGUUAAUGGACUUCCACUCGGUCCGAAAGCAGUGAAAGUAUUUGUGGAUGACAUACAACAACCGGAUACAUUUAUAUGGAGGCCUACGAUGGAUGUGGCAUAUCUUGAGGACUGCUUACAGUCUUAUGUAGUGUGGCCUGUCAACAAAGUUGUCUUCGAAAACAGUACGACCGCAGGAGCUCAUAAAUCUACUCAGAAUUCUGAAUCAAGCGGAAGAAAUACCGGAUUUACAGCAGCAACAACUGGUCCAAAAUCUCGUAGUGAUUCAUUUCCGGCUACAUCUCAUGGUGAUAAGUCUCCGGCAUCAUCUCAGAACUAUGGAGCAGAAGCUAUCAAGGAAAAUAAGAAGUGCAAGUUGAUGGAUAUAAGCGGGAAGAAGCGUUUUGUUGCUGAAGGACGUGUGCAUUCAACUGACCCAGAACAGAAGGUGCAUUUUGUUCGGUUGGGUUCUAAGGCAGCUAGAGUUUGGGUAGAUUCGGUGAAGGAAGAUGAUGCACCAGUUUGGAGGCAUUCAGAUGAAAUCGAGUAUAUGAAAGAUGCACUUGGUUCAUCUAUCGCAUGGCCAAUCGAUAAAUUGGUCGUCUUCUGA